CUUGAAGGUUGAGUGGCUUUCAACAAGUGAAGCUGAGACUAUCAGUAUCGUCCUUUUGCCACUCCAGUCAAGCUCAAACAAUCGGACUGAUUUCGAUUUGUCCGAAGCAUCAGCCAUGUUGGAUAAGAAACCCCGCUUCCAUCAUUCGGAGCUCCGGCGAUCGAGUUCGGAGACCAAAGUGCUGCUGUCCGGCGCUUGGGACUUUUACUUGAGCAAUGCCCCUCCCCAGAUUUGCUGCAGUCUGAUUAUUGCUUCGUCUCGGACACAGAGUGGUAAGCUGUCUUUCUAGAAUGGCUAAAACACAUCAACCGGACUCAGUCGAGAAUACGAACGCGCCUGCCUCAGUUGGGGUCCGGCGACUCUCACGCCACGCCCCGCCUUCCGCACAGCAGCAACUCGAGAGGAUUGCAAAGCAGUCAUUGACGAUGGGGAUUUUCUUUUGCCCCCGGCUCCGCGCGUACUGGAAGAAACCAGACCCGCCAGGAACGGGGCCUGCGUAUCCACUGCAUCCAGUCACUUCGCCUCCAAAUGGAGCUGUGGAAAGUGGUCAGGGUAGUGCUCAGCUCACCUCCAGAGAAGAUGCCGUUCGCUUCUCCUCCACUGGGACCUCCGCCGGCGGCUUGUCGGACAAAUUACGCAAGCGAUUCUCGCGAGAACACAAAGGCCUCCAUGGAACCCCCACGAGGGCCGGGCGGAAAUCUGGAUCGUCUACCUUCCGCAGUCCGUCGAGAUUCGCCAGUAAUCGGCUGGACACAGUCUCCCCUGUUGGCCUUGGAAGCAGUUUGAUGAGUGAGAGGGGCUAUGACAGUGAUGCUCAGUUCAUCAGCACCCCCAAACAAACCAGCCGCACACCAGAACGCUUAGUCGCUGAGUCUCUCGCACACGAGACAUCGCUGUCAAAGCUUCGAUCCCGUGGGAAUGAAAGCAACGGUCACUCUGCCCCAGGCAGUACAUAUCUUGCAGCAAAUGGAGACCCAUGGAAUGCACCUGGAUUAGAUCAGACUAUACUGGAGGGAACACGAAAUCCUUGGUCUUCUAUGGGCCAGGCAAUCUGGACCGUCCAUCCGACAUCAACUCCUCCUUUCUCCCGUGUGGCAAGCAGUGCAAGUCGUCGGGUACAAGCUGCACAACCUUAUCAUGCUGGCUUCAUCACUCCAAAGUCAACAGAGUGUGCGCCAUGGGAUAAGCAGGACGGAUACUCUUCACCUUCUCAAAUAGGAACCCCAAAGCUGGCGAACCCGCUGCAUGGCUCUCCGGAUAUUCCCGAAGGCAACCAUGUCUCGUCCUCAGGAUGUUAUGAGUAUCGCUCGAGGACUCCAGGCCACGCCUCCCCGGUGCCAACGCAUUACACGACAUCUGUAGACUCGCUAGCUGGACCAUCAACGGGACUUUCGGUUAGGAAGAGAAGACAGCAGCCUCUACUGUCUGCCUCCGGCAAUGAAUCCGUUCAUCUCGAGGAUAUGGAGAUUCACAGGAUGCUGGCAUCUUGCACAACCUCUCCCAGGGUUCUCUCAACGAAACAAUCCUUCGAGGGUAAUCCAUGGGCCAGUGAUGUCAGGCUGCGGAAGCCAGCGCAACAGCUCAUCGAUGAUGGCCCAGUGGCGGGCAAAGGCAAAGCGAGGGACAUCUUGUAUCGCCCCGGCAAGCCCCUAGAAGAACAGUCUGGUCCAUGUGCUACCAGCGCUUCAAUCCGAGACGCGCCACCGGAGACUGAUAUUCAGACUGCGAAGGCAAGCCUUGCCGAAGACCAGCCACAAGAGCAGGAUAUAACUUCGCUGUCGAAAAAAGCGGGAACUGGUCUCGAUAUCUCGUCCAUAAUUGGCCACAUCAACCCUCGCAGUUGGUCCGGGGUUACUAAUGAAACUACAGGCGAUGAGUCUCUCAAGUCUUCUCUUCUGGGGAAGUUCUCAAAAAAGAAGAAGGAUCAAUCCGACCCGGAACCUUCAGCUGGCGUAAAGGACCCUUGGGAUUUCUGUGCCUGGGUCGAUCCUAACCAAUCUCCAAGCGAACAACAGCCCCCACAAGCAAGCCCGUCAGCAUCCAGUAUGAGCACAGAAGGACGAGGAAUGUCUCUGGGAAGAUGGUCGACCCUGCGUCGCACCGGAAGUCUAUGGGCUAAAGGCCGCAGUAUGUCUGCGAUGGCGCGCGACCUGGAGGCCAAAGCAGCUGCCAAGUUGAACGUGUCGGCCGGGCGGUUCCCAGUGAUACAAAAGAAAGACGGGCGAGCUAUGAAAUUCCGGGUCUUGGACCGUAAGCGCCGAGCCCAAACAGACGAGGAUGGUGAGCCGAUUGUUCCUCUAAAGCAAUGGCCCGGCGGAAAGCACAAGUCCUCUUACGAGGAAGAUGGACCAAGCAGACCUAGCGUAGACCCGGUUCGCAAACAGUUCUCGGAACAGACUGGCUCGACUGUUGUCACUGAUGGCUGGGAAAGCAAUUAUCAGGAUUGUGAGGAGAUCUUUACUGUAGGUGAGUGA